GAGUCUCAAGAUGCUUAGCGCUGCUUCCUCAAAUACAAAAGAAAACUGAUGCAAUCGAAGCUCCCCCACUGCCCCUACUUUCAUAAAGCACCACCAUUAAGAAGCAAACCACCAUUAAGAAGCAGACCACCAUUAAGAAGCAGACCACCAUUAAGAAGCAGACCACCAAAAGAUGAGCAUUAAGCAGCGGAUCGGCUACUACGACGAUCUGUCGUUAUCGGCAGUGAGCUAUCUUGAGGGACACGAGGGGGUGUCUGAGAUCACGCUCCAGGGGCCGGUGGAGUCGCCAUUGGGCGACGUCCAGAAAUGGGAAGAGGAACAUGCGCCAAUCAAGCUUCCGGAUGACUACAAGGAUUUUUUGUUAAGGCGCCAAGAUUAAAUUGGCUUUUGGGACCCAGAAGAUGGAGUGUGAAGACGCAGGAGCUCAUAUUUGACCUUUUGUGGAAGAUCCUUAAGGAGAUUCGAUUCAAGGGACCUAAUCGACGAGCGUGGCACGAUUGACAUUGAUUUUUACUCAAGAAGUUCAAUAACUGUCAUCUAACUGGGCGAAUAACCAACGGCUUCUACCUGAAAUGGUCUGCGUUGAUCCGUGGAAAGGCGGUUCCUUACGUAUGAAUCUGUUAUCAUUAUCAGGCUUCUUAAGUACUUGAAAACUGAAGUAAACCGAGUGACUGACCUCUGACAGGGCUACUCUUCCUUGUGUAGUAUCUCGCUGAUUUUCAGUAGAUGCUCGCUUUUUUCAGUUUAUCGAAUAGAAAAGUCUGACAAUGAUAAUAGAUUUUAGCUUCAUAUUACGGCUGCAUGUACCUAAACGGCAUAGAGUUAAGGUCAACAUUUAGUGUCCAUCUUUCUCGGGGUCCGCUCGCUGUGAAGGAUCCAUAACCUAACCUAACCAUCUUGGUACCCCUUUGUUCCCUUGUAUAUGUAUUCUCAUGAAAUACAAGGCACAAGUGGCCAGGAUGAGGUGGCGGAGCUGCAAUCUAGCAGACUCUAAUCGAGCAAGUAAAGCUAGCAGCCAUCGAAGGCGCCGAACUAAAUCAAAAGACGAAAUACUUUGAUUUAGAUAGCAAGUGUGUAGGCGGUCGAGUCGCGUUGAAGUAUACGCCGAUGAAGAAUCCGCCGGGACCUGGGAAGUUAUGACCUUAGACUCUUAGAUGCAGAUGCAGUAGACGUAGAUGCACUAGACUUAGAUGCAGUUGCAGUUAUGACUUUAGACCUAGAUGAAGUGAGAUAGAGAUCGUAGAUGCAGUUGCAGUAGAGUAACUUCUUGAGGUAGUCGUGAUGUGAACUUCAAAGCUGCGCGAAUAUAGACGGGUCCAUCUCGCUGACGUUGCGGUCUCUGUCUGAAUUUGUAGAUAGAGGUUCAGUUCGCUUAACUCUAAGGAACGGUGCACACUACUUGCCACCUUCGGUUUGGUUCCAGGAUGUCAGUGGAACGUGGUACAAUAUUUUUCUGGCUCUACUGUAGUAUGCGGUGUCUGAUUAUAUUGUCUGAACAAAUCGCUUGAGGCGUGUGCUUUUCACAAUGAAAAUCUUCAUGAGAAAACAAGAACUCAAGAAAAUGAAAAAAUUUAGGUUUUUUAUUGCUUCGAGUUUUACCGAUUAUUACCGGCUGAUGAUCACCCACUUGGGUAUUCCGCGUUGGCAGUAUGCUUACACUGACGUCGGCCUCGAUGUUCUUACGAAAUUUUGGUUUAUGUUCUUGUCGCCUGAACGCUUAAAAAUAGACGACUCACGGGAUCACGCAACGGCCUUAGAUGAUGCGAGGAGACGGAGUUGUAAGAUAGCCAGAAAGACGAAGCUGGCGAGGAAAAAGAAACACCGAUCCUCGAUGAGGAAGAAGGCGAAUCAGCAGACUGCGGGUGUUGAGUCUGGUGGUGCAGGAACGGAGUCGGAUAGUGCAGCGGGAGGAAGACGAAGUAGAAGCGCGAAUCGAGGAUCAAUGCGGUUGAGGUUUAUGGAUGAAAUUUCCUGCAUGGAAAACUCCGUGUUUGAUUUUUGAUUCGGAAAUGGAGUAUAGAAAUCGCAAAUUAUUGAUCCUCCCGAUCAUUCCCCAGCAUAAAAACUACCAAAGCUUUCAUUCCCCGCGGAGACGAUGACAACGCGGGCUACACUUCCUCAGACCGUGAAGCUGCAACUGCUACGCGAGAUCCCAAGCAGAGAGAACAGAGACAAAAUCUAGAAGCGCUGUAUGGACAAAAUAGUUCUUUAGGUUACGUCCCUUCGAACUAUGGAGGAGGCGAAAGCGCUGGGCCAGGAUCUCCGAAGAAAGUUAUGGUUUAGAUUUGAUGGGUCAGCCUCAGUGUUUGCCUAGCCAUUGAUCUCGUCGGGAAUCUUCGGUCAUCCUACAUGAUUCCCAUUUUUAAGAAAUCAAACUGUUGAUCUCCGAGUCCGAAGAUGCCAGAGUACGUAGAUCACCAACACCAUUUCCAUUACCAACGGCAAUGUGAUAGCUGAUCUCUAAGAAUCCCAACCCGAUCCGCAGCGGCGCUUCGCCCGGAUCAAAACUAGCUGCGAAUCGACCUGCGCGACCAGGAAAACCAUCGAAACCUAAAGCAGAAAAGUCCCAAUUUAGCAGUGACGACGACUACGAAUCGGACGACUCGGAUGACGAUGAUGAAUCCCAAAUUGACAACUAAACUAGCGACGAGCGAACUUUGAAUUUAUGCUUAGAAUCUAAACCUCUAGUAGGCGACGUUAAUCAAAUAAAGAUUGGAAGUUCUUUAUCCCGAUCUUGGUAUCCAAGAAAAAGAAAUCAUGUGGGACAUUCGCCAUCUUUCUCGUUCGCCAUGUUCCUUCAAUCGCGUAACUAGAGUGAAAUUGAGGAUCAAACCUGACGAUUGGUG